AACCAUUCUUCUCUCUGCGUCCAGACUGGCUGUCUCCAAUUCAUCUCGGAGGAAAUAGUCAGGAAUUUCAACUGUUUUCUCUUGCUUUAGAUAGAUUCUUCUAGCAAUUUUUAUUUUAUUAUAUAUAAAGAGGGCGAAUAUCUCUCUCACUUUACAGAUAUACAUUUCAACGUACAAACAGGUUUGGGCUUUUUUUUGCUUCUUUGUUGAUCGUGUUUUCCGCUCUAUCUUGUUUGAGAGUUGGUGGGUUUUGGGUUUUUUGCGUUGAUUUUUUGUUUGAGGGAAGAGAAAGAAGGGUUCUUGGUUUUGGUCGUCUUUGUUAGUCUUAGUUUGUUUGUGGGGCUAAGGGUUUUGGGUUUGAUUCUAGGAUUUUUGUUCUUCGUAUUUUUCUGAAGAUACGGGAAGGGGUUCUUGAUUAAUGGACGGAUUCAGCGGAGAGAAGAAGAGAGUGGUGGUGAUUGGAGGCGGAGUGGCCGGCUCUCUUGUCGCCAAAACCCUUCAAGAUCAUGCGGAUGUUUUUCUCAUUGAUUCGAAGGAAUACUUUGAACUCCCUUGGGCAGGUUUGCGAGCAAGGGUUGAACCCUCAUUUGCAAAAAGAAUAGUGAUUAAUCACUUGGAGUACCUUUCUAGAGCUCGUGUUAUUGCAUCUCCUGCGACGAACAUCACUGAAAAUGAAGUUCUGACUGCACAAGGCCGCCUAAUUGCAUAUGACUAUCUUGUGGUUGCAACUGGUCAUACAAGUUCCGGUGGAUACACAAAAGACGAGAGACUUAAUUACUACCAAACAGAGCAUGAAAAGAUAAAAUCCGCGAAGUCAAUUUUGAUCGUUGGAGGGGGGCCCACUGGUGUAGAACUAGCAGGUGAAAUUGUUGUUGACUUCCCUGAUAAGAAGGUAACGCUGGUGCAUAAAGGACCAAGGUUACUUGAAUUUAUCGGAGAAAAGGCGGGAAAAAAAGCACUGGAUUGGCUAACUUCAAAGAAGGUUGAAGUCAUCUUGGGUCAGUCUGUCAACUUGGAAUCUGCAUCAGACGGUACUUAUGAGACAUCAGGUGGAGAGACCAUCAUAGCUGAUUGCCAUUUCCUUUGUGCUGGCAAUCCUGUUGGUUCGUCGUGGCUAAAGGAGACUAUUCUGAAGGACUGCUUAGAUGAUCAUGGGAGGCUAAAGGUUGAUGCUACAUUAAGGGUCAAGGGUCACGGUAAUAUCUUUGCUAUUGGUGACAUCACCGAUGUUCCUGAGCUCAAACAAGGAUAUCUAGCUCAGGCGCACGCCAUGCUGACUGCUAAGAACUUGAAGAAGUUAAUAAGGGGAGAAAAUUCGAGAAAGCUGUCUACGUACAAGCCCGCUUCAGAUGUGGCAAUUGUUUCACUUGGCAGAAGAGAAGGAAUCGCACAAUUCAUGUGCUUGACCGUCGGCGGACGCCUUCCUGGCAUAAUGAAAUCUAAGGACUUGUUUGUUGGAAAGACACGGAACUCACUUGGUCUAAAAUCAAAUGUGGCGUAGCUCAAAUAGCUGGGAAGGAUUCGCCCUUUCCAUUUUAUCAUCAAAUUCGAUACUUAAGUUACAAACAAUGGUCCUUUUUCCAUAUGUCUUUACAUUUUUCUGGUGUUUUAUCUUCCCUUCUAUAUAAAGGACCUUCUUCAAUGUGAGCUCUUGAUCUUAUACAAAUUUGUGCUGGUGAAGAAUUUAUUAUGUGAAUUCAGCUGCAGACUGCAGUCUCUGUGUUGUUUUUCUUGUAAUGUUUGUGCUUAA